AGCACAUCUAGAACAAAUAUUGAAGAGAGAGAAACUUAGAGAGAGAAAUAAAAAAAAGUCAAAGGAUUAAUUCAAAAUUGAAAUAAGAAAAAAAAAAGAUGGGAAGAGCUCCAUGUUGUGAUAAAGCUAAUGUAAAAAAAGGUCCAUGGUCUCCUGAAGAAGAUGCUAAGCUUAAGGCUUACAUUGAGAAGUUUGGCACUGGUGGUAAUUGGAUUGCUCUCCCACAAAAAAUAGGGCUGAAGAGAUGUGGAAAAAGUUGUAGACUAAGGUGGUUAAACUACCUAAGGCCAAAUAUCAAACAUGGCGGUUUCACCGAGGAAGAAGACAACAUCAUUCUCAGCCUCUAUAUUAGUAUUGGAAGCAGGUGGUCAAUAAUAGCAGCACAACUUCCAGGGAGAACAGACAAUGACAUAAAAAACUACUGGAACACAAGGUUAAAGAAGAAACUCCUUGGAAGAAGAAAACAACAACAACAAAAUGGCUCAAACGGCUCCAAUGAUGAGCUGCCUACCUUAAGCAGCUCGGCUUUAGAGCGGCUUCAGCUCCAUUUGCAGCUUCAAACCCAACAUAAUUCUCUAUCUCUUUUUAGCAACCCAACAAUUUGGCCUAAAUUACACCCACUUAUUCAACAAAAACUCAUUCAAAAUAACCUUCAUUCUCUUAACCCACAAAUCAUCCAAUACCCUAAUUCUAAUAAUAAUAAUAUUAUUAAUAUAAAUAAUAAUAAUAAUAAUGAUGUGAGUAUUUUUAAUCAUAAUUCUGGAAUUAUGGGUAAUAAUAUGAUUAUGAAUAUUAAUAAGGAACAAGUUAUUGAAGAUCAGUUGGAAAAUUCUAGCUUAAAUGGAUCAUCAUCAUCAUCAGGAUUAAGCUCAAAUCCUGUUAGUAAUGGUGUUAUUAAUGAUAAAAAUAAUGAAAAUGAAAUGGGUAAUAAUAAUAAUAAUUUUAGGGUUUUGAAGACCGAAGGGUAUUCUACAAGUAUGCAAAGGGUAUUAAGUUUUCAAGCUGAACUUAAUGAACUUCUUGGUAGUGAUGAUCAUAAAAUUGGUAAUGUUGAUUUUGAUGGGAUUAAUGGUUGGUGGUCUAAUGAGUCUAGUUCUGUUUCUACUUGUUGGGAUAGUUCUUCUAUGUUGUAUAACAAUAAUCAAGAUUAUGAUGCUUGAUUAUAGUUUUUAAUUAAUAAAUAAUGUUGUUUUGUUGCUUUUUAUUGAUUGUAAUUAUAGGUAAUGCAUAGGAAAUAUUAUUAUAAAAUAUGGUUUAUUAUGGAGGUGUAUAGAAGUAUUAUUAUUAUUAGGUUAAGGGUACAUCUCUGUUUGAAGGAUGGUAUGUAUGUGGAUUAGAUAACUAGUGAUGACUAGUGAUGUGGGAAUGUGAUUACUUUUAGUAUAUUUAA